CGCACCAGGUAAUUUCCUCCCAGGCCUCCAUGGGGUUCUGUAUAAAGGCCCUCGCGAGCUGGCCCCUGGCAGAGCCCAGAGUCUGCAGCCCAGACCCACCUAGACCCAUGGCUGAUCCUGCCGCCCUGAGCCCGUUGAAGCUGAUGGCCCUGCUGCUGCUCUGGCACAGUGCACUGUGGACAGUGCAAGAAGCCGCCCCUCUGGGCCCUGCCAGCUCCCUGCCCCCGAGCUUCCUGCUCAAGUGCUUAGAGCAAGUGAGGAAGAUCCAGGCUGAAGGAGAGGUGCUGCAGGAGAGGCUGUGUGCCGCCCACAAGCUGUGCCACCCUGAGGAGCUCGUGCUGCUUGGGCAUUCUCUGGGCAUCUCCCAGGCUCCCCUGGGCAGCUGCUUCAGCCAGGCGCUGGAGCUGACAGACUGCCUGAGGCAACUCCACAGUGGCCUUUUCCUUUAUCAGGGCCUCCUGCAGGCCCUGGCCGGGAUUUCCCCUGAGGUCGCCCCCACCUUGGACUGGCUGCAGCUAGACAUUGCCGACUUUGCCACCAACGUCUGGCAGCAGAUGGAAGAUAUGAGGGUGGCCCCUCCAGGGCACCCCACCCAGGGUCCCAUGCCGACCUUCACCUCUGCCUUCCAGCGCCGGGCGGGAGGGGUCCUGGUUGCCUCCAACCUGCAGAGGUUCCUGGAGCCGGUGUACCGAGUUCUGCGCUACCUUGCCCAGACCUGAG